AUGGAUUUGCCUAAAAACAUUAUUGAAAGUCCACUUAGAGUUCAGAUAAGUGAAGCUCUAAUAGAAAGAGACAGUAAGUACGCCGCUCUUGAGUCUGUUCAGCAAGCUUAUCGUUAUUAUAAAACAUUAGAAGAAAAAACAACAGAAGAGAUAAAGACACUUAAAGAAAAAGGUAAACUAACGUUCAAUAUACUCGAUAAGAAAACAAACAAGCUCGUUGAGAACUAUAACGAAUUACUUUCUCAGAAUUCAACACUGCCUGACAUUGAAACACUUGACUCUAUCUACGAAGCAAUGAAUAGCUAUUACAGACACAACAAAAAGAUCAAUAGUUGCCUUACAAAAGACUUAGUUGAUAUCGGAUUAAUCAGAAAUGAGAAAGACAUAUCAAAUCUGAAAGACAAUCUCGAAAAGCUUUUAGAAAAGUAUAAAUCGAUUACCAAAAAUAACAGAUUUGCCGAUUUUACUGGAUUUUUUGUAGAUGAUGGUUUAACUAUUAAAGAUCUAAAGAGAAGAAUUCAAUUCUUACAAGAAAAGCAUCAGCUUGAACAUGACUAUGCUCAUAGUAUGAAAUCAUCAUACAAAAAAAAUAUCUCAAAUACAAAGAAGAUAUUAUGCAAUGCCAGUUUAAUCUCCAAUCAAGACAUUAUAUGA